AUGAGUUCUGAUCCAUUAAAUGUUGCAAGACGCAAGCUAAACGAAGUUCUUGGUGAGAAAUCUACAAAAUAUUUUAACAAUAUGAAACAGUGGUUUCGCAUGAAACUGACUAAAGAAGAAUUCGACGCGGAAGCCCGGAAACUGCUAUUCUCUGAUCAAGUGCAUUAUCAUAAUGAAUUUCUGUUGGCGCUCUUGAAUAAGGUAGAAGGGCUGGCGGAAACGUCGAUUAGUAUAGCACAAGAGAAAGCCAGUAGCCACAAUCGCAACAGUAGGCGACACAAAAGGAGCUCCCGAACCUCGGAGAAAUCUAACUUUGAACCUGUCGAUUUACUGGAGUAUCUACCGCCUAGUUCACCUACGGGUGCGGGAAGCGAUGGUGUUAAGUACGCCGCACAGGAAAUAUUCUUGCCUGACCAUGCUCUUGUAGUUGGUCGGUUCAUGUUAGCAGCCUGGGAACUAGGGCUUGAAGGAGCUGAUGAUGACGCAGCAGACAUAAUUGUGGUUGCCGUACAGAACUUCCUUAAGAAUAUAAUUGCUGCAGUAUUAUCUCAGCGUAAAGGCUAUAAAAUUCACAACAGACACUUCAUGUAUGAUGUUGGAGGUGACAUGCCUAAUAUGUGGUUAAGGAAUACAUUGAAACUGUAUGAUCCACAAAGUGAGGGAAGACUUAAUGUAGAUGACGCUAUGAGUGAUUGUCUGGGUCCUAGAUGCCCACCUACUAUUGAUGAGAUGGAACAUUCUGCUGCUUUGGAGAUUGCUUGCAGUACACAAAGUGUUGAGCUAAAUAAUGACAAACUAACCAUAGAUGAAUUCUACAACACUCUACUUACAAAUAAAAAUAUUAUCGCAUGUCAUUCAGUGUAUGCUGUGAAUAUGGAAAGAUUAGCAGUUAUGUUAAAUCAUCCUAGUGUGUAG